AUGCCUCUCCUCGACACCCCCCCGGCGACUCUCUGCCACAGUGUUCUCGAAGCAUUCCAUAUCCAAUCCGACAUCGAACGUCUAGCUACUAUAAACGAAAAUGCCCAAACCCUUCAGAAACUCCGCAAAACAGAACUCGAUGAAACUCGCUCUGCCUUGCGCUCCCUCACUCGCUCCCUUGAUGCUGCAAAGUCCUCGGCCGAAGCAUCUUUAGCUGUCGCUGCGAAAAGAGAACACGCGAAAACUAUUCUCGACCUCGAUAAGCAGAAAUUUGCACUCGCAAAAAAUGUGACGGAGUUGGAAAAGAGUAAUCAUCUUAUGGAAGCAAAUCUAGCCAAGAUGAAGGAUGAAUAUGAAGGACUAGAGUUGGAGAGCCCUAUGCAGAGCAAUACAGCUUUGUCAGAGGAUGAAACUAUCUUGCGGUUGAAGAUAUACCGAUCAUUCGGGAUUGAGCUCAAGGAAGACGGUGCUGGCGGUUACUCCUCUGCCAUUAUUAAUAAAAAGGACCAAGGUGACGUAGCUAUGAUUAAGCUCGACAGCCGUCUUAAGAGGAGUACAUACACGGACUUCUUCUGGGACGCAAUCUAA